UGUGUGCUAGUGUGUAGUCAUCGCGUAGUGUGUACAUCGCACUAGUGAAUACUCAUAUUACUGUAGUAAUCUGAUUACUCAUCAUGGACUCAGUGAGCGAGGACGACUUCUGCUGGCUACAGCUGGACGAUCACAGGAUGUUGCUCAUCAAAACAAUCGAACCUUCAAGAAUCACCCCGUACCUCCGACAGUGUCAGGUCAUCUGUGCUGAGGAUGAGGAGCAGCUUUUCAAUGAUCCCGCCCUCGUCAUCAGGAGGAGAAAAGUUGGAGCCCUGCUGGACAUCCUCCAGAGGACAGGGGUCAAAGGUUACACAGCCUUCCUGGAGAGUCUGGAACUGGAUUAUCCUCAACUGUACAGUCGCAUCACUGGGAAGGAGCCGAACAAGACCUUCAGCAUCCUCAUCGACACAGCAGGAGAAUCUGGUCUGACUCAAUUCUUGAUGUCGGAGCUCAGCCGCCUGCAGAGGGCGCUGCAGGAAGAGAGGAGACGCCGCCAAAUGGCUUGCUCUGUCGCAAAGGAACAGGAGGCGUGGUCUCAGCAGCAGCAGCUGCGGGAGCAGGAGCUGAGGAAGCUGACUGAGCGCGUGCAGAAGGUUCGUGAAGAGCGCGAGCGGCUGAGCGACGAGCUGAAGCAGCUCCGAGAUCACAACUACAGUCUGAUGGCCGACAUCAACACGCUGAACCAGGAGAGGAGCAACGCCCUGCUGGCCAACAGAGACCUGCAGAUAGAGGUGGAGCGUCUGAAAAACUCCGUGCUGCAAGCUGAAGGUCAGACUCGACUGCUGAGACGCCGAACACUGAGGCCACUGCAGGAGAGCAGGAGUCUGGCUCUGGCCUCGGAGACGUUCUUCCAUCCAAACAGAGGGGAGGAGAAGAGGGAGGAGAGUAAAGAGGAGAAGAAAACCACGGACAAGAAGGAGGAGAAGGAAGGAGUUCCUCCUCCUCAGAUGAACCUGGUCACGACAGUGAUGAGACUGAGACGAGAUCUCCACAGAGCAGAGGACCAGCGCUCUCGGAGUCUGGAAGAGAAGGAGGAGCUGGAGCUGUGCUGCACUCAGCUGAAGGGAGACACCCGGAUGUACCGUCAACGAAACAAGCAAACCCUCCGACAGCUGGAGGAGGUGGUCCGAGAGAGGGACAAGGCGCUGUCGUCGUGGGCGGAGCAACAGGAGGAGGUGCGGCUGCUCCUGCAGGAGAAGGAUCGGUGCAGGGAGCAGGUCAGACAACUCACCGAGCAAUCUGAUAGGCUGGAGAUCCUCCUGCUGAGGUCACAGGGGGAGGAGCUACAACGGAGCACAUGCCUCCUGCAGUGGGAGAGGAGUGGGAGCAGUGAUGAAGAUGAGGAACCGACAGAUACGAAAGUAGAAGGAAGCAGUGAGGAGGUUCCCAGUGGGACGUUGCAGGAGACUGAGGAGGCAUCAGCUCUGCAGCAGAACAGUUCUCCUGCAGGAGGCGCUGCAGAGUCUGAACUUAAGACCAUCACUACUGCAUCAUGGGAGAAGCAGACAGACGACUGUCUCACCUUCAGGACUCGUCCCAACUUCUUCUAUCGCAGGAAGCGAGCACUAAGGUCAAAAGUCAUCUGUAAGACGUAUGCAGCCAGUAACCUUGACGAUAGCAGCAGCAGUGACAUCACCGAGUGGGACUGAGCUCACCUGGGAUCACAUGAUCAAAUCUGAGCAUCACUGAGGAUGAAGAUGAUGUCAGAAUAUUGAUCAGAUUAUUGACAAUUGGUUUCGUAGUAAAAGUGUCUAAUCACAUCAGUUAUAAUAAUUAUAAUGAUAAUAAAUCAAUAAAGUAUUUACUGACAAA